CUAGAGAGAGAGUAGGCGUUCCAUCCAGUCGAGUGUAACAAACAAGCGAAGAAGACGGAGCGGCACGCCGCGCGCUGGAGCAACACGCACGCACGCACACACACGCACACACGCGCGCGCACGCGCAGUCGACCGUAGAGAGUCACAGACGUUGUUGUGUUUUUUUUUUUUUUUUUAAGUGAGAAAUAAGCGGUUCAGCGGCAGCAGAAGAAGAAGUGAAGUCACCUACAGUAUCUAUCUAUCCAGCCUGCAGCCUCCGGAGGCUCCGAGGACGCGACACACAGCGAGGAGGCAUCAUGUGAAAGAACUCAUGUGGGAAACAACAGACAAAAGCGCUGGAAUACGAGCAGAGUAAGAGAGCUAAAAGAAAAUUCCUGAAACAAGUAAACUUGAGCUGAAAGCAAAAGUAUUCCCAUUGAUGUACAGUUACUACGGGACGCCCUCCCCGUGCACCAUCACCACCCCCGACCUGCCAAUCAUGUACCUGACCUCGCGUCUUUCUGACUCAUAGUGAUGUCAGUCAGAGCGUACAGUACGCUGCUCGAGGAUAAAUGAUCAUUAAUCACCAUCGGAAGAUGAAGGACCAGUCUGGCGUGAGCGGAAUGUCCGUGGAUGAGAAGCCUGAAGCCCCCAUGUAUGUGUAUGAGUCGACAGUUCAUUGUACCAAUAUCCUCCUCUGCCUCAACGACCAGCGGAAGCAGGAUAUCCUGUGCGAUGUGACUGUCCUGGUGGAGGGCAAGGAGUUCCGCGGGCACCGGUCCGUGCUGGCCGCCUGUAGCGAGUAUUUCCUCCAGGCGCUGGUGGGCCAGGCGGAGAAUGGCUUGGUCCUCAGCCUCCCGGAAGAGGUCACUGCCAGGGGAUUCGCUCCAUUGUUGCAGUUUGCCUACACUGCUAAGCUGUUACUCAGCAGAGAAAACAUCCAGGAGGUCAUCCGCUGUGCCGAAUUCCUGCGCAUGCACAACCUCGAGGACUCGUGCUUCCGCUUCCUAGAAGCUCAGCUGCGCAGCGAGGAGGAUGGCCUGCUGCUAUGCCACAAGGUGGCGGCGGAGGUGAACAACUCGGAGGACGAGAGCAUGCAGUCGGAGGCGGAAAGGCCCGCCUCUCCCAAGGUGCGACGGUGCGCCGACCCCCUCGCCUCCUUCGGACACCCUGACGACGAUCGGCUAGCGAUUGCUAUUCCCAGCAACUUCACAGAUGGCCGGCUGGACUUUGAUCGGCACGGAGCGUCAGACCUGCCGCGAUGCCCAAAGUACAGGAAAUACCAGUGGGCUUGCAACAAGCACAAUAAUGACACCUCCUCACACACCAGUACCUCAGGUUUUCCAAGCACAUUAAAGGAGAGCAGCGUUAGCGGGGCAGUGCCGGGUCAGGGCAGACUGCCUUUGGCACAGAUCAAAGUUGAACCACAGGCAGACGAAGAGGCCAUCUCAUUGUGCCUGUCGGGGGACGAGCAGGACGUCAGGGAUAAGGACAGUGUGACGGCCAUGGAGAUGGAUAACCCCGUAUCUGUGGAGAGAAACAAGAGAACCAAGUCCCCUUCCUGCCUCCGAGCCUUCUUCAAGAAAGGGGUGGACCUCCCCAGUCUGCCCAACACAUCACAGCAGCUAUUCGCCAACAGACCUGUCUGCCCCCAGGACAAAGGAAACUCUCAGGGAGAUCAUAAAAAAGACUUCAGGCCUUUCACUGGGGAGCUGUCUGUUACAUCCCCGAAGGACGCGGACGGUUUCCCUGCAGGGUUGUCCCUCAAGUCGGCUUCCUGCGACGGGGUCUGCAAACAGGAAGCCGAGCUAGAUCGUCGUAGUGUCAUAUUUUCCUCAGGGGCCUGCAAACGUCUGGGAACCCCAGCACAUUCCUACCCGGGUGGGAACUCUUUGGAGAUGGAGCUCACUGAGCACAUGCCAAAGGGCCUGUGGGCUGGAGCCAGCCAGUCCCUCCCCACCUCCCAGACCUAUUCUCCCAGCGCCACCUCCACCGAGCCCCCGCUCCUGUGCCGCCCACGGCCCAACACCAGCUGCCCAGUGCCAAUCAAAGUGUGCCCACGCUCGCCGCCUUGCGAGACGCGCACCAGGACUUCCAGCUCCUGCUCCUCGUACUCCUAUGCGGAGGACGGCAGCGGCGGCUCUCCCUGCAGCCUGCCCCAGUUCGAGUUCUCCUCCUCUCCAUGCUCCAACGUGGCACGCUGCCUCAAUGUGGACCAGCAGGAGCCGCCGGGGGACGCUCUUUUUGGCCAGGUGCGACCCAAGAUCAAAUGUGAGCAGUCCUACGGCACCAACUCCAGCGACGAGUCGGGCUCCUUCUCGGAGGGAGACAGCGUGCAGGAGCGAGGGCCGGAGGUGAAGCUGCCUUUCCCUGUAGAUCAAAUCACAAAUCUUCCACGGAACGACUUCCAAAUGUUGGUGAAAAUGCACAAACUGACCUCGGAGCAGCUCGAGUUCAUCCACGACGUGAGGCGGAGGAGUAAGAACCGCAUCGCGGCGCAGCGUUGCCGCAAGAGGAAGCUCGACUGCAUCAUGAACCUGGAGUGUGAGAUCAGAAAACUGGUGAAUGAGAAGGAGAAGCUGCUGACGGAGAGGAACCAGCUGAAGGCGUGUAUGGGUGAGCUGUGGGAGAACUUCUCCUGCCUGUCUCAGGAGGUAUGCAGGGACGUCCAGCUGAGCCCCGAGCAGGUCCAGUCUCUACACCACUACUGCCCCGUGCUGCGGCCCGCCAACUCCACUGCCAGCAACAACGCUGCCCACGAGCCCAAGCCUGCCCCCAUCAGCCCCACCACCGACACCAACGACACCACCAGCAUCGACCUCACCACCCACUCGGGCUCGGCCACGCCGGAGCCCAGCUUCCACGGGUCUCCCGGCGGGCCCUCGGAGAGUGAGCCCGACUCGGCCGUCCGAAACGGGGCAGACGGAGACGCGGACGGUCGAGACGACGCCGGCUCGUUCACAAAGUCAGGGCUAUCCAACCAGACGGUAACGGUGGAUUUUUGCCAGGAAAUGACUGACAAAUGUACAACUGACGAGCAGCCGAGGACGGACUGUAGUAUGUAGUAGUAGUGGUUCUCUAUGUUGUUGUUUUUGGAUGUUUUUUUUAUUAUUUAAUUUUACUCUUCUGACAAACCCUCUCUCGGGGUCGCUGAGACGGUCAGCUUCUGCCAGUGUUCACUGAAAAAACAAGCUUUGUUUGUAUUUAUGUCUUUUUGUUUUUGUCUUUUUUGAACGGUUGACACUAAAGUUGUCUUAACAGCAGCAAUACUGUUCUCCAGGUAUUCUCCUCAUACCAUGACAGAGUGGGAACUUCUCACCAAACACUUUCAAUGGUGCUAUACUCGCCCCGACAGCAACCUCUACAGUGGAGACUCUGUUCUCCGUGUGUCUCACAUCACAACUCAAAAGUUGAACCUCAUCGGACCUAAACAGCAGCUCUCUUUGUACCAACAGUAUUUCUGUUUCCUGCCUUUCUCUUAUACACAUUUCUCCUUUUUUUCCCCCCACUCUGUCUCUAUCAAUCUUCUCUACCUCUCUCUGUCUCACUCACUUUCUCUCCGUCUAUCUGUCUGUCUGUCUAUGGUUCUACUCUCGCUAUAUCUCAGUGGCCCUUUUCGUCACAGCAAUUCAAACUCAGGAAGAAAAAAAAAAAAAAAAAUCCUCUGAAUGUUCAACCUAAUUCAUGACAAAUGAGAAAACGGCUUCUGUACACGAGGAAGUUAUGAUGCAGUUAGACUGUAAAAUGUUCAUAUGCAAAAAUGUCUUCAAGAGUCUGGCAUUUGUAUUUCUGUACAGAAGAACUUUGUACAGGCUGUAACCGAAAACAUUCCUCCUUUGCCUUCCUCAGCACUGAAUUGAAAGGAAAAAGGUUUUUUGCGGGCGGUUAAAAUGGCUAUUUUUUAUUUCCCACUCAUCAGCAAUACCAUUGUAUUUGGAUGUUGUAACGGUGACUUUUCAAGUGCUUGUUUGGCAGAAAUGUAUAUAGUAUGGAGCAUGAUGACUGUAUCAGUGAUUUUGUACAGGUAGAGGCUUAGAUGUUUCUUUUUCACGGGGUUAUAUCAAGCACCUUUUUUGCUGAGGGGGAAAAUCUUGCUUUUGCUGUUUCCUGUCCUGCCUAACGAAUGCUCUCCCAUCACGGUGAGCGUUCUUAUACUCAGGAAAUCAGCUCGAUACACACGUGGACACACACAUACAAGUACAUACAGAUACAAAUGCGUCAACACACGUGUACAAAUUUUGAGCCCCAUGCAUGUUAUAAAAAGUUAGACAUGUUUUUUCGACGUUGAGGCUCAGGCCGGCUCCUCUCCACCUUUGACUCCUCUUUAAAUGUGAAAAAAAAGAGUUCUGCCUUGUGUUGUUUUGGAGGAAAUCUUAUUUCUUAUCAGUAUUUUUGAAGAUGCUAUUCGUGCACACUCUUUUGGGUUUCUUCAGCGUUGCCAUUUGAUGUUCUGAGACAGCAAAAAAGCGCAGCCAACAUAUAACAGAUACGUAUUUUUCAAAUUUGAUCCUGAAUGAAAUGAACACAAAAUAUUAAAUCAGGCACUUUGUUACAGGCCCCAAGCGCUCAGAGCCAUUUAGCACUUCAACAAGGGAUUUUUGUCUUUGUUUCAGACCCCUCCAAAGUCUCAGACUGGAGCACUUAAAUUGGCACUUCAAGAGAAAAAACAUCUUGUUGAUAUGAUUAUAUAAAUAUACAAUUUUAAAAAAAUAUCUCUAUGAAUCUCUGAAACCUAAAAAAAGAAGCUAAUGUUUUAGUUAAAGAGUGUUCACACCUUAUAUUUGCAUUUCUUUAGGAAUUGAAUAAGCUAAUUCAGAUUUCAUUUGACGUGAAAGCAGUGUAAUGUGAUGUCCAAAAAUGAUUGAGUAACAAUCAUAUAAGAUAAGUAACACGUUUGCCCUAAUUGUGCAUUUGUUUGAACAUCCUCCUCUGUGACGUGCAUGCAUGCUGCCUAUAGCUAUAGGCCUAUAGUUAGUUUGUCUAGCUUCUGUUUGCCUCGUAACUUCUUCUCUCUGGAGCUUUUAAAAUUAUGUUUUUUUAAAGAAUUUCUAUGUAUAAACAUGCAAAGACGAGCUGAAUUAUCUGAACCCUCUCUAGAGGCAGGCUUGAACAAGCAGGGCCGUAUACUCUAGCACAAAGGUUGGAUUCAAUUGGAAUGCGAAGCUUUAUUCAUUGCUCUUUUUUAAAGCCCUAAUCUCUGUUGAGAUCACCUGUAGGCUCCCCACUGUUCCACUAGCUUCUGUACAUUAAUGCUCAAUAUCUCAUUGAGCAUUUCUUCCCAUAUUGUCUUUCUGAAAAUGUGAAAAAGUUUACUGUCCUUACUCUAAAGGCCUUUACACACCGGGGGGACAUGACGAAUAAACAACACCAAAAUGUGAAAUACUUGCCUGCAAAUAUUUUGCAUCAAAACUAUUCAAUUUGCGACAGUUUGCAACACUUUUGCGUGGGCUAGAGGACCAACAAUCAGGAUCCUUAUUGACCCAGAGCAGCAUCUGGCAGUCUGUCUGAGCUACUGUAAGCUAUUUCAUUGAGUUUCCUUUAAUCAAAAUGCUCUGAGUGAGUUGAGCUUUUAUUGUUGAAAGGUAAAGAACGGAAGGAGUGGAUCUGGUCUGCGUUGCCUUUGUCAAGGUUUAAAGGUGUAAUAAUGCAGUUUGCCAUCUUGGUUAGGACUACGGAGCCUCCGCGUUGUUUGGUAAUCCUCAGAAGUACCAACGUGUACGUUUUGAAUAUGCCCGUUCCGCACAAUAUGAUUGGUGGACUGGCCUUUAUUCGCGAUGCGAAUGCUCAGAAAAGUCGACCUCGUUCUGAAAAAAAAAUGACAGCCCUUUUUUACGCAGCAUAAUAUUUGCGUUCUGUGUGAAAGUACUCAUGACAAAAACAACAAAUAUAUUAACGUGCGAAUUAAUCACGCAAAAAAAAAAAAAUGCCCCCGGUGUGUACAUCCUUAAAACAAAAGAAUAUUUACAGUACGUGCUAUUAAAAAAAGGCAAAUCCUUCGUGUAAAUGGGGAAUUAUAUCAAAAGUAUAAAUGUUGUCAGUAAUUCAAAUAAAAAAAAACUAAUUUGGGAGUUAAAACUUGAAUUGGACACCUUGUCCUGGUUCGGAAAUUAAACUGUUGCUACAAAGCUCCACUGCAGUUCAUGCACAGCCUCUAAUGAACAACAUUUACUUCAUUAUAAUCACAUAAGGUUCAAAUUCUAAUAGAAAGUGCUGUAGUAGAUACUCAUUUAUCUUAGAAUAUGGACAGUAAACUCCAUACAGCAGGUCCAAUUGGGGAGAUCCCAUGACACCAUCUACUUCCCCAUCCAACUUUGGGUGUUUUAUUACUGUGUUUUAUUACUCUUUAAGAUUAUUUUUAAAUUACAAAUUUUUAAUUCCUUAAAAAAUCAAUGUUUUUUCGGCCAAAUAAAUGAGGGAUUGGGGCUUUAAAGUUUGGAUGAAAUGUUUUGAAGUUCUCCCCCCUGACUUUAACUGAUGUAAAUUUUAGAUGUAGUUUAAAAUAUGGCGUCUCAUGUGAGACCGUUUCUGUUAUACAGCCGAACAGAGUAAGUGUAUUUUGUAAACCUGUCUUUGAAUUUUUUAAAAGACUGGUACAUAGACCCAUACAUGCACAAACACACAAACAUACACGUAUAUAUUCAUACAAUACACACACACAGUACAUACGUUGUGGCACAGCAGUAGCGGUUCUUCAUAGACUGGUGUGGUUUUUGUUUGUGUUUGUUCAGCCCUUUAUCCGAUUUGUGCUCUUUUCAUUCUUUUAUGCAUAUUUACUGCAGCAAAAAACAGUAUUUACCAUUAUUAUUACCCAUGUGGAGAUUCUACCAGGUUCAAGCCAGAAAACUCAAGUAGAACCAUCUACAUUAAAGAAGCUUCUUUUCUGCAAACAUUAUGCAACUCAUUUUCUAAUUCAUGUACUUUUUUCAUUUGCUUGAUCUUAAAUUGAGGAAAGCCCGGUGUUGCAUUGGAGAGCACCGACUCUGACUUUUAUGUCUUUCUGUAUAGAGAAAACAAUUUGUGAUGUUUGUGUUGUAGCAAAACCAUGGUAACAAAAGACCCCCGGGUGUCUCCGCAAGACGUCCUAUUAAUACUACAAUGAUCACAUUCAUGUUUUUGCAUAGCAGAAUUUCUUUUGUACCUAUAUUUAAUGUUGAUAAUUCAACUUAACAAACCCUUAUAUUCCUGUAGAGCUGAGAUGUUAGAAUAAACAGAGGCCCCCGAAGCGCUCUCUCCAGUCAGAAAAGCUUUUUGUCCAGACCUCUAAGCUCUUCGAGUCUUGCUGCAUGCUCUCAACACUGACUGUUUGGUCAAAGUACAGUGACAGGAAUCCUCCACAACACUGUUGUUUCAAGGGGUCAGUUCAAGUUACAUAAAUAAAUAAAUAAAUAAAAAUGUAAUUCUCACUUUCUUAUGGAACAUAGUCAUGCAGAGAGUUUUGGUUUUAUUGUUUUUUUAUUGGUCCAGGUUUUGGGACAUCUGUGUGGUGCUCACAUCACUGAAGAAAUGCAAUAAUUUAUUUGCAGAAGUAGUAGUGUCCUGUUACUCUGGAUAAUCACAUUGCUGUGAACAGUAUUUGUUUUUUUCAGACAAUCUCAAAACUUUGGUCAAUAAAGCCAACACUAUAUGCAUGACUAGAUACCACUAGAGGUGAGUGAGAAAAUAUGUUUUGUCAUUUGGGUGAACCAACCCUUUAGUGUCUCAGGGUGCCAAGCACAUGAACCUGCUCUCUAUUUCACUCUGAAGCAGUUUUUUUUUUUACUUGCUUUGUUUGAGAAUCAAAUAAAUGCCCCUUAAAAUGAUUUGUUAAUAAUACUUAAAGCUGCAUUAAUUGAUUUGUAUAUAUAUAUAUAAAUAUAUAUAUAUACUACCUAGCAACAUUAUUCAUUUUGAGUUGUGUUUGUGUCCACCAGAUGAAUUUUAUUCCAAUAUUCGCUCUCCUUUUAGCUCUGGUUUUGGUCUCCACCAACUCCUGAGAAAAAGAUUUGUCCCUUUAGCCGCUAAACACCCCUCCAUGUUCGUCAGCUAGUAUCUAACUUUGUAUCUGUGCCCACAUUUGGUACUCAGCAAGUACUGCACAAUGAGUUUUUCAAAGCUUUUUUUGCUAAAAACAGAUGCCCGCUGCAGAAUUCGCUGGUUGGAUAAAAACAAAUAAUGAGCUAAAAGAGGCUAAAAAGCUCUACAGAGCUGAAGGGAAAAGCGGAGUUGGUGGUAAUCUUUUACGAACAACAUCUUUCACAUUAUACAUAGUCAUCUGAUCCAUUGUUCAUAUAAAACAUAUUGAUUAGUGCAGCUUUAAAAUGAUGUAACAGUAAUAAUAAGCAUGAACACCUGAAAUGAAUUUAACAAUUUGAUCCUCCAGGUUACUCUUUUGGUUAUGGCCAUCACAGCAGAUUUGCUGUUGCUGUAAUUGAAUGCUCAUACCUUUUUUUGCUGUGUAUUUGUCUUGUUUAGUUAAAAAAAAAAAAAAAAUUGUUGCUGCUUCUCUGAAACAAACACUGGCUUUUUCAACUCCAAAGGUUGUUCUAUAAAAUAAUAUGAACAAAAACAUGCCUUUCUCACAGAAUGCUAAACUUUAUUGAAAAGAAAAAUCUGGUAUCCUGGUUGAAUGUGCAGGCUGAGAUCAUUGAGUAAAAUAUAAAAAAAAUGGAAAAUGUUUACAAAUAGGUGUCAAGUCAUGUUUGAUCAAUUUUUGCCAUGUAAAAAUCGCUCGGUUUAAUUGGACUGGUUCUUGGUGUUGUGUAAAGAGACAAAGACUGAGUUUCCUCACCUUGUCUUUAAUCCAACUUUUGGGAUGGGUCAGCAUUACAUGGAUACAAGUGCACCUCCGAUAUUUGCCUUAGAACUUGCAGAGGCCAUAGUUCACAUUCAAGUGAAGUGAGUGUAUGCAGGGGCCUGGGCCCCCCAUCCCUGAGUCACCAGUGCGGACUUUCUCACACUUAUCUACCUGUGAAAUCCUUCAUACCUCUCAUAACUGGUCAAUGACUGUAUCAGCAAACUGCAUCAGGUGUUUUUUCUACAUGCUUUUUACACAGAUUAUAUGGAUUAUUGUAUUAGUAGAUUCUGGUGCAUCAUUUUUAAUGUAAUAGCUCUUAAGCUUGUAGUUCAAGUUGUUGUUUUUUUUUCUUUCAUUUUUCUAGAUGACUGUUUUGUGUUAAUAUUGUCAAUUUGAAAUAGCUGUUAUUUGCUUAUUCUCUACUAAGAGUUCUUACCUUUAUAAUUUUUAAAUGCUACAUGACCCUAAUUAAUUAAAAUGACUUAAUAACCAUUGUAAAUACGGUAUUGUGCAAAGCCCAUUUUCAUUCAUUUCAAUUGCUAGUGUUAUAUAAAUGACUCUUUUGUCUAGACACCAUUUCUCUUUAUGAAAUAAAGAAACAUGCAUAUCA